AUGGAGCAGUAUGGCCCUGCGGCCAUUUACCUGCGAAAACCAGAAAAGGAGCGGAUUGAGGCUCAGACUGCUCCAUUUGAUGCCAAAACGGCCUUCUUCGUGGCUGAUCCUGACACCAUGUAUUCCAAGGGUAAACUCAUCAAAAGAGAGGGUGGCAAAGCCACAGUUGAGACACUGGCAUUGGAAGGAAAGGAAUCAAAAACCCUCACUGUAAAAGAGGACGACAUCCAUCCCAUGAACCCUCCAAAGUUCGAUAAGAUGGAGGACAUGGCCAUGAUGACCCACCUCAACGAGCCAUCUGUGUUGUUUAACCUUAAAGAGCGUUUUGCAUCAUGGAUGAUCUACACCUACUCUGGCCUGUUCUGCGUUGUCGUGAACCCCUACAAGUGGCUUCCUGUGUACGAUGCUCAGGUUGUGGGAGCAUACAGAGGCAAGAAGAGGAUUGAGGCUCCACCCCACAUCUUCUCCAUCUCUGACAAUGCCUAUCAGUUCAUGCUCACAGACCGUGAGAACCAGUCUAUCCUUAUCACUGGAGAAUCUGGUGCAGGAAAGACUGUCAACACCAAGCGUGUCAUCCAGUACUUUGCAACAAUUGCAGUGGCUGGAGCUAAGAAGGCAGAUAGUGGCAAAAUGCAGGGUUCACUGGAAGAUCAAAUCAUUGCAGCCAACCCUCUGCUGGAGGCCUAUGGUAAUGCCAAGACUGUGAGGAAUGACAACUCCUCUCGUUUUGGUAAAUUCAUCAGAAUCCACUUUGGCUCCAGUGGCAAGCUGGCCUCAGCUGAUAUUGAAACUUAUCUGCUGGAGAAGUCCCGUGUCACCUUCCAGUUGUCUGCUGAGAGGAGCUACCAUAUCUUCUAUCAGCUGAUGACUGGCCACAAGCCUGAGAUUCUGGAGGCUCUUCUGAUCACAACCAACCCCUAUGACUAUCCAAUGAUCAGUCAGGGUGAAAUCACUGUCAAAAGCAUCAAUGAUGUGGAGGAGUUCAUUGCAACAGAUACCGCUGUUGACAUCUUGGGCUUCACUGCUGAGGAGAAGAUUGCCAUUUACAAGCUGACUGGAGCUGUGAUGCAUCAUGGCAACAUGAAAUUCAAGCAGAAGCAGCGUGAGGAGCAGGCUGAACCUGAUGGCACUGAGGUGGCCGAUAAAAUUGCCUACCUCAUGGGCCUGAACUCAGCCGAUAUGCUGAAAGCUCUGUGCUACCCAAGAGUCAAGGUCGGAAACGAGAUGGUGACCAAAGGUCAGACCGUGCCACAGGUCAACAAUGCUGUCAGUGCUCUGUGCAAGUCCGUCUAUGAGAAAAUGUUCUUGUGGAUGGUCGUCCGAAUCAAUGAGAUGCUGGACACAAAGCAGCCAAGACAGUUCUUCAUUGGAGUGUUGGAUAUCGCUGGAUUUGAGAUCUUUGAUUUCAACAGCUUGGAGCAACUCUGUAUCAACUUCACCAAUGAGAAACUGCAACAGUUCUUCAACCAUCACAUGUUUGUCCUGGAGCAAGAGGAGUACAAGAAGGAAGGCAUUGAGUGGGAGUUCAUUGACUUUGGUAUGGACUUGGCUGCCUGCAUUGAGCUUAUUGAGAAGCCAAUGGGCAUCUUCUCCAUCCUUGAAGAGGAGUGCAUGUUCCCCAAGGCUACAGACACUUCUUUCAAGAACAAGCUGCAUGAUCAGCAUCUUGGCAAGACCAAGGCAUUUGAGAAGCCAAAGCCUGGAAAGGGCAAGGCUGAAGCUCACUUCUCCCUGGUUCACUAUGCUGGUACAGUGGACUACAAUAUCACUGGCUGGCUGGACAAGAACAAGGACCCCCUGAAUGACUCAGUUGUUCAGCUCUACCAGAAAGCUUCAAACAAACUGCUGUCAAUGUUGUAUGCAACUCAUGCUUCAUCUGAGGAGUCUGGUGGCGGUGGCGGUGGCAAGAAGGGUGGUGGAAAGAAGAAGGGUGGUUCCUUCCAGACUGUGUCUGCCCUUUUUAGAGAGAACUUGGGCAAGCUGAUGACCAACUUGAGGAGUACUCAUCCUCAUUUUGUGCGCUGCUUGAUUCCUAAUGAAUCAAAGACCCCAGGCCUUAUGGAGAACCACUUGGUCAUCCACCAGCUGAGGUGUAACGGUGUGCUGGAGGGCAUCAGAAUCUGCAGAAAGGGCUUCCCCAGCAGAAUCCUCUACGGUGACUUUAAGCAGAGAUACAAAGUAUUGAAUGCUAGUGUCAUCCCCGAGGGACAGUUCAUUGACAACAAGAAAGCUUCAGAGAAGCUGCUGGGCUCUAUUGAUGUGGACCACACUCAGUACAAGUUUGGACACACAAAGGUGUUCUUCAAAGCUGGUCUGCUGGGUACCCUGGAGGAGAUGAGAGAUGACAAACUGGCUGCAUUGGUGACCAUGACUCAGGCACUCUGCAGAGGUUUCCUCAUGAGGAAAGAGUUUGUUAAGAUGAUGGAGCGAAGGUAUGAUUGUCAUGCAGCAUACUAAAUCAACUCUCAAA